CUGUGUUGUUGGAACUUUGACAUUUUCAUAAUGAAAUACACAUCUAGUGAAAAAAUAGGUUAGUUUGUGAUUGAAUUAUAGACUUCAAAAGCAUAAAUAAUACUCAAAUUGAUUGUGGAGUCAGGAUAGGAGGUUUGAUUGUUGGAACUGGAUUAGCUAUCAUAAUGAUUACAGGGAGGCUAUUGUCUGAGCGAAGGUAAAAGUUGUGGCUUUGAAGCAUAUGUGCAUGGGUCAAUCUGAAGACUGGUGGAUCAUGUCAAAGUUAUGAACUUGAGAAGUUUAUGGACCUUGGCACAGAAAGACCAAAUGCGACAUUGGGACUUUUGCUUGGUGAGCGAUUGAAAAUAUAUACAGGGUGAUAAUUGGAUUUCAGUUUAAUUGUUUGAAAUCCUAAAAGUUUUACUAGUCUACAAAGCAUUAAGUUCAGGGCAAUUCUAUGAUGCCAUUUGAUCACGACAGCAUUGAAAUAACCCCUAUUUAGUUCUACUGAUACAAGGGAAUGAUAGUGAAGUUCUUAGCUUUGACAAAGACAUUUUAUGGUUUAUAAUUUGCUAGUUAGGUGUAUCUGAACACUUUCUUUCUUAAUGUUUUGCUGACAGUAAUGUAUAGGUUGGAAUUCCUAGAAUGUGCAGGAAAUAAUAGACAAAGAUGAUGGAUGAAAGAGAUUGUUUGAGAGCAUAGAGACUCCCAGAUACGACUUGAAAGGCGUGUGGAAUGCAAUUAAGGUCCUCUCAGCAGAUGUUAUUUGGACAAAGCAAUUGGAACACGGGAUUGGAUGUAAAGCUUAGUUGAAGGAAAACCAACAGGCUGAUACAUAUAUGAGUAACUACAAUAGCCUGAGAAUGAAGAAGUGUGAGAUCAAGGAUGAGUUUGGCUUUGACAUUAUUUUAAUUAUAUCUAUUUCCCUUUUUUUUUUGCCUGUAUAAUUCAUGGCCUACACAUUUGUAUGAAUAUUUUCUCAAUGCUAAUUUUCCCCUUUGCUUUCCACUUAAAAAUAUUACUUCUUAAGAAAAGGUUCUGUUGGAGUGUGCUUAAUAAUAAAAAUCUAUUCUCACCUUAUGGGUAUGUUGACGAGGAUGUAUUUCGUAGGAGUAUUUGUUUGAACUUCAACUCAUUUUUUGGUAAUUGUGAAGGUCUCAUAGAAGUUUGCUCUUUGGAAAGCUCACAUGGUUCUAAACUCAUGCUAUUAGGCUUGGGCCAAUGACUCUUCUCAAAAAACCCUCCAAACUUGUCAUGGACACACCUAAUGGCAAUGAGUUGGCAUAUGGGGGUUAAAACUCGUUUUGCACCUUGUGCAAGUCAUGAGAACCAGACUCAACAAUACACAGGAAAAAGUAAACUGAAACCUAAUGAAAAGAGCUGGUUGUUGCAAAGCCAGUAAUGACUGCCUGUGUAUCUGUGUAAUGUCCUAUCUGUGAGGGAAAACUACGUAUUUGGAUUAAUUUGCAACUUUCAAGCCAUCAGAACUUAAAAACGAUGUCGUUGCAUGAACAAAUUGGGAAUCCUUCGUGCACCUCCACGUGUCCUUUUAUUCUUCUGCUUUGUAUCUCUGUUAAUGGAAUCCGUUAAUACCACCAGUUAGAAAAGUUGAUGCUUCACGUUGUUCUCGUGCUUCUGUCAAGGUGUCACCUUCUCCACUCCCUUCGUCUCUUUGCAUUCUCUCUAAGUCUCUGUCCAUGACUGUUUUGUGCCCUCUCAGUUCAAAGCUCAAAUUAACCCAACACAGGUUACAUGCUUCUUCUCCAUAAUUCUUUUUAUGGGUUUUGCGUUUAACACGUUAAUCAUUCUUAAUUACUUUCUUUCUUGUCGAUUUUAUGACUUUGUUAAUCUUUGAUAUGAUUCAGUGCUCUUUUGAGUGACUAUGUCAAUAAGUUGGCUUGUGGGGUUGGCCAUGUGAAGCCCAUGUCAAUGGCCAUAGAAAUUUAUAAACUUUACUUCGGAUAAUUUUCAAUCACUGUGCACUUGAAGAACUGUAACUAUCACUAGUGCUGAUCCUCGUCCUAAUAUAAUUUCUUGGUAGGCACUGGAUUGUCACAAAAUGGGCAGCCAUGAUUGUGAAGAGGAGUUGAAGAAGGAGUGUGAACUUGUCGCAAGACUUGCCAAGCAGAUUGAGAGGGGAAAUCAAAAGAUGUUGGAGAUGGAGGAUAAAUAUAACAAUACUGUUUCUACCACUAAAAAACUUGUUAUUGGUCUUGUAGAGAAGAUCAAUUCAAAGGACAGAAGUUUGUUCGAAUUAGAGCAGAAGUAUGAAGAGACUUCUACUACCAUGAGAUGGCUGAUGCAUGAGAAUGCCAAGCUGCUGCAAGAACAUAGAGAUGAAAUUACAACGAUGGAUUUGAUUAAUCUCAAGCUGAAGUGUGACAUGGAGCUGCAAAGUGUGGAAUUUCAGAACCAAGCUCAAGAACUGGAACAGCGCAAGGCUCAAAAUGCCUUAGAGCGGAGCAGUUUAACAGAGGAAAUUCAAAAGCUGAAAGAAAAAUCGCAAGAUGAAAUUCCUACUGUAAGUGAAAAUAAAUAUAGGGCUCAAAUUGAUGCACUAAGGACAGAGUUGACAGAAAAGGCAGAGGCAAUGCAGUAUCUUGAGAUGCUUAAUCAGAUGCUGAUAACAAAGGAGUUCACAAGUAACCAAGAACUGCAAGAGGCUCGGAAUGGAAGGUGUAUUGACUGAUUGAACAGCACUUAGAAUCAAAAGAAUGGGCCAGAUUGACUGUAAAGCUUUUAAAAAAACAUGCUUGCUUAAAUACCCCAAUGAAGACUGGGAGGAUAUAUCUGCAAAAUUAUGUUCAACCUGGGAUGAAAAUGUGAAAAAUCCCCACUGGCGUCCCUUCAAGAAACAUAACAUCGGUGGCAAACUGUGUGUAUGUAAUGUACUCUCCUCAUACUUUGUAUAGUUCUUAGAUUUCUGAAUCGCUUGCGACAAUUCUUUUUGUUACAUUCUUUCAUAGUAAGACAACUCUAUGAAGUGUUUGAUGGUGUUGAGCAAGGAUACCUUGUACUUUUUUUAAUCUCAAAUUACCAAGUGAACAAAGAAAAGAAAAUGUAAAUACCUGUUAUGGCAAUUUGAAUAGCACCAUGUUGCCCCAUAUCUGUCAUGUAGAACAGGAAAAAUUGUGGAAUGAUUUUCAUUGCCAUAAUUGGUUUAGGAAAAUCAUUUCAGAAUACAACUCCCUUCUAUUUCAGUCAUUAUGAG